UGCAGUGCCCGAUUCCAACAAAACAGACCCAAACCAAUUAAAACCAAUGGCCGCACCAUCUUCCACCCUGGUGUUCAAGGUCCACAGGCGCGAACCGGAGCUGGUCCGACCGGCCAAACCGACCCCAUACGAGGUCAAGCUCCUCUCCGACAUUGACGACCAGCAAGGGCUCCGAUUCCACAUCCCUGUGAUUCAGUUCUACAAGCACGCGCCUUCCAUUCGUGGGAAGGACGACCCCGUGGCAGUGAUCCGGCGGGCGUUGUCAGAGACACUUGUGCCUUACUAUCCGUUCGCCGGUCGCCUGAGGGAAGGGCCCAACCGGAAGCUCAUGGUGGAGUGCACCGGCGAAGGCGUGCUGUUCGUGGAGGCCGACGCCGAUGUCCGGCUGACGGAGUUCGGGGACCAGCUUCAGCCACCAUUUCCUUGCAUGAAAGAGCUUCUGUUCGACGUUCCCGGCUCUAACGCCGUCCUUCAUUCCCCUCUCCUACUUAUUCAGGCGACGCGCCUCAAAUGUGGCAGCUUCAUCUUCGCCCUCCGUCUUUCCCAUUGCAUGAGUGAUGCUCCCGGUCUGGUCCAGUUCAUGUCCGCCAUCGGCGAAAUCGCUCGUGGAUCCCACGCUCCCUCUAUCCCUCCGGUGUGGGAAAGACAUUUUCUUAGUGCACGCUCCCCUCCACGCGUGACACAUACCCACCGCGAGUACGGACAACAAGCCAGCAACACACUGACAACAAUGCAUCACAAUCUCGAUAGCAUGGCGCAAAUAUCCUUCUUCUUCGGCCGCUCCCAACUAUCCGCCCUUCGUCGCCACGCUCCUCCGCACCUCCGCCAAUCCUACUCCCGAUUCGAGAUCUUGGCAUCCUGCCUCUGGAAGUGUCGAACGGUCGCCCUUCGGCCCGGCCCCGAAGAAACGAUGAGGAUGAUCUGCCUUGUCAGCAUGCGAGGAAAAUUCUCCGAUCCACCACUGCCCGUAGGUUACUAUGGCAACACCUUCGCCUUCGCGGUGGCAGAGGCACCGGCUGGCGAGCUAUGCCGGAACCCAUUAGGUUAUGCUUUAGAUCUCGUGAGAAAGGCCAAAGGUGAGGUGACGGAGGAGUACAUGAAGUCUGUCGCCGAUCUAAUGGCGUUGACAGGACGACCUGAUUUCUUGAAGACAAGGUGGACAUACCUAGUGUCGGAUGUGACUAGGGCCGGGUUUGAGACCGUGGAUUUCGGGUGGGGCUCGCCGGUUUAUGGUGGGCCGGCUGAGCCAGAUGUCGGGCCAGUUCCGGGAUUAGCCAACUUUUGUAUACCGUGUAAGAACAAGGAAGGGGAGGAUGGGAUUGUUCUGGCUAUUAGCUUGCCGACGCAGGCAAUGGAGAGGUUUGUGAAAGAGCUCGAAAGCAUGUUGAAGUCACCACCAAAUGUGACCAAAACGUUUACUCAUGUUAUGUCAGCUUUAUAAAUGAUAGUUGGACUUAUCAUAUGAUUGGUUGCAGGGAAGCCUUUUCUUUAAUUAACUAGUUAAUUUUGGGGCAACUAUAGUAUUGUAAUGUAAUGACUUGAGGUACGUGUAUCAAUGUGGUUUUUAUCAUACAUUUCUAUGUUAUUGAGGUCUGGUCUAAUUAUAAUAUCAUUAUUAUUAAACUUGAAAGUUUCAAGUUCAAAUCUUUUAAAUAGUCGCCAAUGGUAAAAAAACCAACAUAUGUAACCAAUCAUAUGCAGUUGGUCAAGCUUGAGCUUAAUAAUGGAGGCCACAACCGGAAAAAAUUAUGUCACCAUUAUAUAAAAAAUUACGUUGAUCCCGUAAGAUUGAAAUUUAAUUGGAAAAAAAUUUUCAAACAAAUAUCAAGAAGUAGGCAGGUAACUCAUCUACCUCAAGGUGAAGUCCACAGUCCUCACAUGGUUGUACGUAAGUGAUGCCGCGGGGCGCAAGAGAAAACACCAAGAACAAAAAAAUAAGAAUGUUUCUUUCUCUGUCUCUGCCGUCCCACACUAUUGGUUUUUCCAAUUACUCGAAACAAAUCAAUACCAAAUUUUCCUACUUCGAUCAAACAACACCCAAAUCUAACAUGCUACCGAACCAAUACCAAAAUUUUAAUAUGUAAUCUGAGCCUUAUUUGUUCUUAGAAGCAUCUACUUCCUCUGAAAUUAUCUUCCUUUAAAAAAAAAAAGACAAAAUACACUUGUAUAGUCUAAAUUUCGCGUUUGUGCCAAUAAUAGCCAAAUUUGGAGAAAUACCACUUAUAACCACUUCCGUCCAAUUCUUUAACGGUGUUAGCGUUAAGUGUGACUAGACAAAUGGAGAUGCUUACAUGGCGAGCUUUUAUUUCCCAUUUACUCUGUAAUUAUCCACGUGGCUAAUGAUUAAUUAAAAAAAAUUAACUGACCAGAAAUUAAAAAAAACUCCUGAAAUUGGAAAUGAACACUUGAGCCACAUAAAAUCUAAACAAAAAAUAAAAAACCCCAUAAAUUUUACACGUUGUCUUUUGAUUUGUGAAUAAUAAAAACAAACUGAAUAAUAAAUAAAACAAAAUAAACAAGCAAAUCUGGGAAAAUCAAAUAACACCAAUCUUCACGCACAAAUCCUAAUACCAACUGACCCACAAAUCAUCUCUUUCAAAUAUGAGUUUUCGUUUUUGCAUCUUGAACCACAAAUAUUGCCCCCGUUUCUGCUUCUCUUUGAUGCGCUCGCAGUUGCUUCGCAAAGAAACCGCCACCGCCCCUCUUUCUCGUCUUCCUCGUUUCAAGAUCCAUCGCCGGCGAUAGAGGCUGAGAAAAGGAUGAGGCAGGGAGCGAGGCAGUGAGGCGAGCGUCGCAACCGCCUCAAAGAUCGAUUCGACUAGAUUAUCUUCCUCUUCCUCUCGUCCAUCACCAGCUGCUGAAGAUCCUCACUGGAGCCGGAGUUCUGAAGUAGUGACGAUGAGCCGUAAGCGAAACAUCCAUCUGCCAAAAAAUCAAUUCCUACCUUGACUUCAAUCGCCGCCCCCAAUCCCUACCUAUUCAACUCCGCUCCUGUCGGCUGCUGGGAGAUUUAAGAGUAGAGCCCUCAAUCCCUAGCUCAAAUAGAUUCAUGCUUGAAUGUCGAUCCAUAGAUUUUGGGUAUUUAUGGGUUUGAGAUUUUGUUGCAUGGAAGAGGGAGAUUAGGGAGGAGAAGGCGUAGGAGAGGACUCGCGUGGGUAAUGGAAGUUGGGGAAUAACCUUAAAAUCAAAAUUGAAGAAAAGUUGGGGAAGAUGGGUCGACGCAGAUGGGGUAUGUGAGGUUUUUUUUAAUUUAUGAUAUGUAAAUAUUAAAAAAUUGAAAUAUCUGAC